GCAGUUUUAUUUGCCAAACUGUACCAAUGAAACAACCAUUUACUUUUCCCUUUCCAAAUUAACAAAAGAUGUCUGCGACUGAGUGUACAAUAAAAUCAAUGUCCCAAUGAUUCCUAUGAUGUUGUCAACAGCCAAUCAGAGCUUCUGAUCAGCAUGAGAUAAUCAGUGUGACCACAGUGAAUUGAUAAAAUUUCAGCAAGCAAAGAUAACUGAUGUUUAAAUGUGCCUUUGUGGUCUUUUGGUGGGUAUGUUUGAUUUCUUUGGGGGUAUUGUGACAUAUUGAAAACACUAUUAGGAUCACCAGUCUGGUCACAGUUGGCCAUCUAGGAGUCUAAUGGCCAGGUUGGGAACUACUUGUUCAUCAAGACAUGUGUUGGGUGUAUUUUGGGUGGGGUUAGUAGGUAAUACACAUCUGGAGGAGCUGACCUCCUUCCUGGUAUUGAAAUAAAAUUUCACCUGGAGAUUAUGAAGGACUGAAUUCAAUAUUCCUUCUUGGUUCCACUGGGUCUUUAGCAACAGAUUUCUUCCUGCUUCCCGCCCUGUAGUGUAAAAUGAGGCAUCUAUUUAGAUGUCAUGUCCCUUCCUGGCUGUGCUUUGUGCCCGUUAGAUUUUACUGGAUAGGAGCGGAAAGAGGAAUUACAGUUCCUUCUUGUGGGAACAGCUUCUCAAAGAUAGACCCUGUUCUGUCUGGUCACUUGCUGCUUUGGAAAUAUUUUCAGAAUAAAUAGACCUGCUGGGGACAGGUACCCUGCUGAGCACUCUGGAGAGAGCUAAACUGGACCCAAUUCCCAGUUCUGGGAGUUGUGACAGUUUAAUGGGGAGAAAAACCCAGCUCAUAGACCACAGACUCUGAGUGCUACAAUGUAGAUGUUUAUAGCCCUGAGGAGGGGCUCUGACUGCCUUGCUUGGGGAGGGAAUAGUCAAGGAAGGCUUCCUGGAGGAUAGAACCUAGUGGCAAGCCAGGCAGACAAUUGGAUAAAGCAUAUGUCAGGUGAAAGGAGCAAUAGGAGUACCCCAUUUUAUAGUUGAGGAAACUUCAGCCUAGAUUCCAGGGCUCCUAGGGCACCAUGCUGGCCCUCCAGGACGGGACGGGAUUGAUCUCCACAUCUGCAGGUGGUCACUGGGGCCCUCUAGGUUGUAAUUGCUGGGUGGUGGGUGGAAGUGACCUCCAUGCCCUGAUGGCCCUGACACCCUUUGGUCCUCUGUGUGGCAGGUCCGGUGUGGGUGCUGAGAUGGCCAAUGAGAACCACGGCAGCCCCCGGGAGGAAGCAUCCUUGCUGAGUCACUCCCCAGGCACCUCCAAUCAGAGCCAGCCCUCUUCUCCAAAGCCCGUCCGCCUGGUGCAGGACCUCCCAGAGGAGCUGGUACAUGCGGGCUGGGAGAAGUGCUGGAGCAGGAGGGAGAACCGGCCCUACUACUUUAACAGAUUCACCAACCAGUCUCUAUGGGAGAUGCCUGUGCUGGGCCAGCAUGACGUUAUUUCGGACCCUUUGGGGCUGAAUGCGACCCCACUGCCCCAAGACUCAAGCUUGGUGGAAACCCCUCCAGCUGAGAACAAGUCCCGAAAACGGCAGCUCUCAGAAGAGCAGCCAAGCGGCAAUGGUGUGAAGAAGCCCAAGAUCGAAAUCCCUGUGACACCCACAGGUCCAUCGGUGCCCAGUUCCCCCAGCAUCCCAGGAACCCCAACACUGAAGAUUUGGGGAACAUCCCCUGAAGAUAAACAGCAGGCAGCUCUCCUCCGACCCACUGAGGUGUACUGGGAUCUCGAUAUCCAGACCAACGCUGUCAUCAAGCACCGGGGCCCUUCAGAGGUGCUGCCCCCGCAUCCCGAGGUGGAGCUGCUCCGCUCCCAGCUCAUCCUGAAGCUCCGGCAGCACUACCGGGAGCUGUGCCAGCAGCGAGAAGACCAUCAUCAGUCUUCCUGUUCUGCAGGCAUUGAACCCCCUCGGGAAUCUUUCAACCGCUGGAUGCUGGAACGCAAGGUCGUGGACAAAGGCUCUGACCCCAUGUUGCCAAGCAACUGUGAGCCAGUUGUGUCGCCUUCCAUGUUUCGUGAAAUCAUGAAUGACAUUCCCAUCAGGUUAUCCCGAAUCAAGUUCCGGGAGGAAGCCAAGCGCCUGCUUUUUAAAUACGCAGAGGCGGCCAGGCGGCUCAUCGAGUCCAGGAGUGCAUCCCCUGACAGCAGGAAGGUGGUCAAGUGGAAUGUGGAGGACACCUUCAGCUGGCUGCGGAAGGACCACUCAGCCUCCAAGGAGGACUACAUGGAUCGCCUGGAACAUCUGCGCAAACAGUGUGGCCCCCAUGUCUCGGCCGCGGCCAAGGACUCCGUGGAAGGCAUCUGCAGUAAGAUCUACCACAUCUCCCUGGAUUAUGUCAAACGGAUCCGAGAGAAGCACCUUGCCAUCCUCAAGGAAAACAACAUCCCAGAGGAAGUGGAGGCCCCAGAGGUGGAGCCCCGCCUGGUAUACUGCUACCCAGUACGGCUAGCUGUGUCUGCGCCCCCCAUGCCUAGUGUGGAGAUGCAUAUAGAGAAUAAUGUGGUCUGCAUCCGGUAUAAGGGAGAGAUGGUCAAGGUCAGCCGCAACUACUUCAGUAAGCUGUGGCUCCUUUACCGCUAUAGCUGCAUUGAUGACUCUGCCUUUGAGAAGUUCCUGCCCCGAGUCUGGUGUCUUCUCCGACGGUACCAGAUGAUGUUUGGCGUGGGCCUCUACGAGGGGACAGGCCUGCAGGGAUCGCUGCCAGUGCACGUCUUCGAGGCCCUCCACCGACUCUUCAGUGUCAGCUUUGAGUGUUUUGCCUCACCCCUCAACUGCUACUUCCGCCAGUACUGCUCUGCCUUCCCCGACACAGAUGGCUAUUUUGGCUCCCGCGGGCCCUGCCUGGACUUCUCCCCGCUGAGUGGUUCCUUUGAGGCCAACCCUCCAUUCUGCGAGGAGCUCAUGGAUGCCAUGGUCUCUCACUUCGAGAAACUUCUUGAGAGCUCACCGGAGCCCCUGUCCUUCAUCGUGUUCAUCCCUGAGUGGCGGGAACCCCCAACACCGGCGCUCACCCGCAUGGAGCAGAGCCGCUUCAAACGCCACCAGCUGGUCCUGCCCGCCUUUGAGCAUGAGUACCGCAGUGGGUCCCAACACGUCUGCAAGAAGGAAGAAAUGCACUACAAGGUGGUCCACAACACAGCCGUGCUCUUCCUGCAGAACGACCCUGGCUUUGCCAAGUGGGGGCCGACUGCCGAGAAGCUGCAGGAGCUGAGCACCGCCUACCGGCAGUCAGGCCGCAGCCAUGGCUCCAGCUCUUCCUCCUCAUCCUCCUCGGAGGCUAAGGACCGGGACUCAGGCCGAGAGCAGGGCCCUAGCCGCGAGUCCCACCCCACCUAACACAUCUUGCGGGGAGGAGGAGCCCCAGGGUGCUAGUAUGGACUGGGACUCGGCUCUUGGGCUGCCAAUGACAUAGGAAG